UCGUGCAGUGUUGGAUAACAAAAACACGCAAACAAAAGCAAAACAAUCACAAAGUAGUGAUAUCACGCGACGCGCGCGCUUCCAGUUUUUCCAGUUUUUCCCGAUUAUCGUGAGUAAUUUUCAUGUCCAAGGAAUGUCCUCCGAGGACGCGACCAGCGCCAAAAGUGAGCAAUCGUCGAAACGUGUUAAAAGUAGGGAGUCGGUCAACAACAACGAUGCGGACGACGGGGAUCAGCUACCUAAGCACUGGGCCAAAGUGGCCUCUAAGAAGCAUCCGGGCAAGUUCUACUAUUUUAACGUAGCGACCAAGGAAAGCCUGUGGGAGCAUCCGGGCAAAACGAGGGCCCUCGAGAAGGAGAAGGACAUCAUCCGGAAUGUGGGGAAGUCCCCGGCAAAGGGAUCUAGUGGCAAAUCGGAAAAGGUCGUCCAGCUAAAGAAUGAUACCCAAUUCAAGCGGAAGAAUCUGGCCAAGGAGCGGCUGGAUAAACUGCAGAAACAGCUGGAGGCGGAGAGGAAAGCUGAGAGUGAGAAGGUGAAGUAUAAGAAGGAAACUAGAACUCCGGAAAGUCCCCGGAAGAGAGUAACUGGUAAAUCUCCGAUGAAGGACGAGAGAUCACCUUCCAAGUCGAAGCGGAAACGGACCGGAUCUGAUGAAUCUCCGUCCAAGAAGUCUAAAUCAAGUGAAGUUAGCUCCAAGAGUAAGGCGAUAGCGAAGAAGACACCUCCGAGAACUGGAACUAAGAGAAUACAGAAGGAUCUGAAGCAGGAAGCUUCAAAGGUACCGAAAGCAAGUGAGCUCCUGAAGGAUGUUAAGCCACUUCCAGUUACGGAAGCUAGUACCGAACUGAAGUCUUUCAAAAUACCCAAGAAAGCAAAGCAAGAACCUGUUCCAUCAUCAAUUUUUGUGGAUAUUCAAAAAUUGGACGAAUUGCGACCAAGUGGCUCAGCUUCUCCUAAGACUGACCUGUUAACAAAUGUACCUCAAGUAGAAUCUGUUUCAGAUUCAACUCCCAAGUUAUCAUAUGCUCAAAAAUUGCUCGAAGCUAUUGAGGGCCAACCGGUUCCAAAAGAAUCGACUAUUACCACAAUUGCCACGCCUCCAUUCAAGCCAUCCCAGGCUCCUAAACUGAUAACUUCCACACCGAAGUUCCAGGCCCUCGUCCGCUCCGAGCAGGACACGCCCCGUUCCGUGAAAUCCCCGGCCAACGAGCGCCUGGCCGGAAUCCGCGAAAAACUCGCCCAGGAAGUAGCCCAGCAAACCGUCCUUCUGAACGAGGACGCCGAAAUGGUCGAUCUGAGUGCUCAGGAUGACCAGUCCCCGGAAGCCAUGGAAUGGGAAGACAUCCCGGAGGAGGUGGCCCUGCGAGAGGUGGUUGCUGUGCGGCAGCUUCCGAAAGACGGGUUGAUGAUGGCCGGUAGCGAGCGGGUGCUGGACACCACCAUUCCCGAGUAUGGGACGCACCUGUUCGAUCGGAUUGAGUAUAGGAGGUUCGUGUUCCUAGUGAUGGACACCAAUGUGUUCCUGUCGCACCUGAAGGGGGUGGAGCGGCUGCUGGAGAAGGGAUUUCCACACAUCGGCCAACCGAUCCUCGUGGUGCCGUACAUCGUGCUCCAGGAGCUGGACCGGAUUAAGCACCGAGAGCAGGGCAAACCUCUAUCGACAGCCGCCAGCCAAUCGAUCCGCUUCCUUAACGAACACCUCAAGCGACGGGAUCCCCGCGUCAAGGGCCAAUCAACGGUCGAGGCCACCGUCCAUCUGGUUCCGGUGGAAAACCCCGAUGAUCAUAUCAUCAAUUGUUGCUUCCAGGUGCGGCAGAUCAUUUCGGGUCGGGCUGGAACCGACCUGAUGCUACUGUCUAAUGACGUCAACCUGCGGAAUAAGGCCCUGGUGAACGGGGUUCCGGCCUUUGGGUAUGGGGAGCUGAUGGCGGAAGCCGAUCGGAUCCGGUUCGCGGCUGAUGAUACGGCGCCGGAAGUCGGAAGUAGGUGA